AUGAGCGCAACGAGACGGGAUUGGUGCUCCCCCAUCGCCCUGCAGCACCUGGCUCCGUCCCUACGUGUCGGUCAUCGGCAUCGGGGCCAUCGCCGCCGCAGUGAUGUCAUCCGUGGACUCUGGCCUGCUCAGCCCGCCUCCAUGUUCUCCUCCAACAUCUACAAGAACAUCAUCAGGACGCAGGCCUCAGACAGGGAGAUACAGUGGGUGAUCCGUGUGUCGGUGGUGGUGGUGGGGCUGUGUGGGAUGGCCCUCACUCUCCUCCACAACAGUACCUUUGCCCUGUGGAUCCUGGCGUCUGAUCUCUCCUACACCAUCAUCUUCCCUCAGCUCAUCUGCGUCCUCUUCUUCCAGGUCUCCAACGGCUAUGGAGCCGUGGUGGGAUACCUCGUAGGGGGCCUGAUGAGACUCCUCUGUGGGGAGCCCAUCUUCAACCUCGCCCCUGUCCUCCACUUCCCUGGAUGCACCCUGGAGGACGGCGUCUAUGUCCAGCGCUCCCCCAUCAGGACCAUAUGUAUGCUUCUGGCCCUGGCGGCCAUCUUGGGUUUCUCCUGGCUGGCUCAGCUGAUGUUCAAUAAGGUCUGGUUGCCCGAGAGGUGGGAUGUGUUCCAGGUGAAGUUCCAGACUUUGCCACUUGGUGGCGCCAGAGAGAUGAAAGAGAAGGAGGAGGAUGGUGCAGUCUCUGAGCCAAUGCUUGACAACACAAAGUGUUAAUGUUUUGAUCUACCUACUUUUACAGGCCGGUUUCCCAGACACUUCCCUGGACUACAAAGCACUUUGUUUUUGAGCAUAUUUAUUGUUUAUUGAACAAGAUAGAGAAAGGAAAGAUCUAUUGAACAUCCAGCUCAUUCUAAAGAAGGCUAUUUAAAAUCAAUUGUGUAGCUCAAUUAAGUUACUUAUAUGAUUUGAACAUAAAGCGUGAAAACGGCUGUAACAUCGGUA